GGUACCUCCUUGUGUCAUGAUUGUUUCAACUCUCGGUCGUCAUACCCUGAUCAACGACUGCGGUCGUGAUUGCAACCUCGACUUUGGCAAUUUUUAUCAUAGAGUACUUACCCGAAACACCAAGUGCUUUGGACUUUCCUAUCAGCUUUCUUACCAAGUGGUUGGUUCCCUCUUUCCCCUUUCCUUUCAACCUCUAGAUCUAGUUAAGAGUCUUGGCAUUUCGCCAUCUCGCCUUCAACUUACUUCCUAUCAACUCUGUUCAACCAGAGAUAAUAUUGGAACUUGAUAGGUAUUGCUCUUGUAUACAACCACGCGUAUCGCGCAGUGCUGUUGCCUCGGUAUCACAAGCACGGCACCUAGCCUGUAUCAGUCUUUACCUAGAUAUUUCACAUAGCCGUCAAGUUUCUAUAUCAUAUUCCCACCGGGCGUUCGAGGCGGGGAAUAUCCUCACUCAUUUCAAAGAUUUCCUAUGAGCCUUCAGCUCAUUCACCGAGUCUGAAUUCUCAUAUAAUCACUUCAAAGUCAAAUACUGCCAAGAAUAAUGGCGUCAUCAGACGCGUUCGGGGAGCUGGGCCUCUCCAUCAUCGGCUUAGGAUCACAGUAUCCUCCAUACUUACUCAAACCAAGCGAAGUGAACAAACUCGCUACCAAGUACUACCCAGAUUCGCCGGCUAUGCAAAAAGUACUCGAUAUAAACAAGUAUACAGGUAUUGACACGCGCUCAUCUAUUGGAACUUCAGAGCAUCCUUUAGUGAAUAAGGAAGAUGCGCCAUCGAUAGCUGAACUACAUAAAACCUUCACAUCAGAUGGCGUACCGCUUGCCAUUGUGGCCUCAAAGAAAGCUAUCAUAGAAGCCGGGAUAGAUGUAUCUGAGAUUACUCACAUAGUUUCUACAACUUGUACCGAUAGCGCCAAUCCCGGAUUUGAUCAUUUUGUUGCGAAAGGACUAGGAGUCUCUAAUAAAGUGGAAAAGGCCUUGCUACAUGGCGUCGGUUGCGCGGGAGGAUUGACGACACUUCGAACCGCCGCCAAUUUAGCUUUGGGCCAUUCCAUGAGGCGGAAACCUGCCAGGAUCUUGUGUGUGGCCCUCGAGGUGAGCACCACCAUGGUUCGUAGUGAACUUAGUAGUGUCAACGAAUUGCAAGAAACGCGCAUUGGACCUUGUCUAUUUUCCGAUUGCGCCUCUGCCCUAAUCCUCAGUAAUGGAAUUGGGCAGCCGACAGCCGAACCGAUUUACGAGUUGCUCGGGUGGGAACAUCAAAUUCUACCAGAGACCGAAGGCGAUCUUGGCUUUGAUGUCGACCCUGUUGGCUGGAAAGUUGUGCUUACGCCUCGAGUUCCAAAGUUAACAACCGACGCGCUCAAACCGAGUUUCCUUGAUUUGCUGGAGAGUGUUCCGGGCCUUCCUUCCACAUAUCGGGAAGCGCCUGAUUUUGACUGGGCAAUGCAUCCGGGUGGUUUGACUAUCUUAACUGGUACCGAGAGAGCGAUGGGUAUCUCGCCGGAGCAUAUGCGCGCCAGCUAUGAUACAUAUAUGAACCAUGGAAACUCGAGUUCGGCGACCAUUUUCAGUGUGAUGAACCGGUUGAGGAGUAAAGAGAUGGACGCAGUAGCCCCCGAAGGCCGGGCUCGAGAUUACGUGGUCGGAUGCGCGUUCGGGCCAGGAAUCUCCGUCGAGAUGUGCUUGCUUAAACGCAACAUGGGGCGUUUGGGACUUCAUACUCCUCCCGAGACCGAUAGCGAAGCCAGUAGAAGUGAAGCCGGCGAAGACAUCGACUGGGCGAGCAUAGAUCCAAAGGAAUCGAUUCCAGGCACCCCUAGGUCCGACGUCCGAGGCGACCGGAAACUAUCGCUCGGCGAUGAUAUAUUUAUUAGCGAAGCAAUUGCUAAUGUUGAAUUGGAUUAAGUGGCCGGCAUUAGACCAGCAUUAGACCAGCGUAUGAGAUCGAAAUAUACCCAUAUCGCAUUUUUGUUUACGUUGAAUAUAUCAAAUUAUUUACUGCUGGAAAUUGAUG